UCUACGACUCAAGUAGCAGCAACAAUGGGAUUAGAAGAUCAUGUAGUAUUUUUCAGGAAAAUGACAAAGUUAAUUUUGAGUGAAAUGCCAAAAGCCACGUAUUCCAGUUUAUUAAAUGAUUUUGUUGAAUCUAAUUUUUUUGUGAUUGAUGGUGAUUCCUUGCUUGUCACAUGCCUAUGUGAGAAAUCAUUCAAGCAGGGACAGAAUCUCCACUUCUUCUACCUGGUUGAAUGCUAUCUUGUGGAUCUUAUGAGUAAUGGAGGACAAUUUGCCGUAGUUUUCUUCAAGGAGGCUGAAUGUGCAUAUUUUGAUUUUCCUGAACUUCUUUCGUUGAGAACUGCUUUAAUUCUCCAUCUUCAACACAAUACUAGCAUUGAUGUUCAAACAGAGUUUUCCAGAUGCUUAUCACUAGACUGGAAAUUAUUCUUGGAAGCUUAUCCAUAUUUUCUGAUAGUUUCAGAGGAAGGCCUGAAUGAUCAACAAACGUCCCUUUUUAACUUCUUAAUCAUACACUCCUGGGAAAUGGGAGUCAAUGUUGUGCUUUCCUCAGGGCAAGAAUCUGAUAUUCUCAGACUUCAUGCAUAUGUUAUGCAAAGCACAGGCAGAAACAAACAGUUUUCUAAGGAGAAUGAAACAGUGAUUUGGAGUGCAUAUGAAAGCCUCGUGCAACACUUGGAAGAAAGGAGGAUUUUAGCAUUAGCAUCUCACUUUGGGGGUUUAAGAUGGAAAGAUAUGAUGGAUGAGGCAUAUCAGACUAUGUCUCUGCUUCAGCACCUGUGGCCAGAAGGAUCAGACAUCAGGCGUGUUGUGUGUGUUACUUCAUGUUCCUUAUCCUUGAAAAUGUACUAUCAUUUUUUAGGAAAUAAAAAGAACACAGCCUCUGGUCAGGAAACCAACAUUCAUCAGGUGAGCAGUAAUUGCCUACCCCUGCAGGAGGCAGAAGAUUUGUGUAGACUGCAUUGUCUCUGUCUGGCCUUUCAACUCCGCUUACCUCUUUCUCAGAGAGCUUGUUCUCGAGUCAUCAUCUCUCCUUGGAUUAAGAACGUCUGUACUUUCUUAAAAAUGAAAAAGUGGUGUGAAUAUUUCAUUUUGAGAAAUCUGAACAUUUUUGAAUGUUGGAAUCUGAAUUUAAAUCUUCUUUCUGACUUAUGUGAUGAGCAUUUGUUAAAGAAUAUUGCCUUUUACUAUGAAACUGAAAAUACUCAAGAGCUACGUUUGAAUUUGGGAGAUUUCAUUAAGAGUGAUUACAGACAUCUGUGGAAUUUUGUGUCACAACUGGUUAAAGAAUUUUAUGUUGGAAAGCCUUUUCCUCUGAGAACAACAAGAACAUGUUUUCUUAGCAAGAAGUUAUUGCCAAUCCAAGAAAUCUCCUUGGAAAAGAUGCCUAAUUUGGGUUUUAUUCCUAUGACAUCUGCUGUAAUUGAUAAGUUCGUUGGAGACAUCAUGAAGGAUUUGCCUGUUCUAAAGAGUGAUGAUCCAGCUGUUACUUCACUGGUUAAACAAAAGGAACGUGAUGAACUUUUGCACUGGCAUGCUCACAGACCCCUUAGUAAUGACUAUGACAAGACCAGGUGUCUCUUUGAUGAGAAAUUUAGAGACCCACCUGUUUUUAAUGUGAAAAAGAAUCAGAUUUAUCCACAAUUUUAUGGGAAAUCGUUAGAAUCAGUCUCUUCAAAAGUCAUUGUAACUCAAACUACCCAGCCAAAAGAGGAUUCCAGGGGAGCCAAUAGUGGACUAUUACAGGAUGCUAAACCUGGGAAAGUUACUAGAAAGAAGAAAAGAUCACUUCUCAAAGAUCAGAAAGAACAACAACAAUGCAAUGAUCUGUUAUUUUCUAUUGAAAAGGAGACGAGAGAGAAUCUAAACUCUGGAAUAAAGAACCUGGAAGAUUUUUUAAAAUCAUGUAAAAGUAACUCAGUGAAAUUUCAAGUUGAAAUGGCAGGGUUAAUUGCCUGCUUUAGAGCAUGGAAAGAACAUUGCCAAGAUGAAGGCAAAAUUUCAAAAGACUUAAGUAUAGCUGUUCAAAUGAUGAAAAGAAUCCAUUCACUUCUGGAGCGAUACCCAGAAAUUUUGGAAGAGGAGGAUCAUAAAUUUAUAGCCAAAUGCCUUAAAUAUUUAGGUUUUAAUGAUUUGGCAAACUCUUUAGAUCCAACCCUGAUAACAGGAGAUGAUGAGAAAAAGAAGAAAAAGAGUAAAUAUUCAGUUGAUGUUGGACCAGCGAGGUUUCAACUGCAAUACAUGGGCCAUUAUUUGAUACGAGAUGAGAGGAAUGAUCCAGAUCCCAGGGUCCAAGAUUUUAUUCCUGACACAUGGCAGCGAGAGCUCCUGGAUGUUGUGGAUAAUAAUGAGUCAGCGGUGAUUGUUGCCCCAACGUCCUCAGGCAAAACCUAUGCUUCCUACUACUGCAUGGAGAAAGUGCUGAAGGAGAGCGAUGAAGGGGUGGUUGUGUAUGUCACACCAACGAAGGCCCUUGUUGGUCAAGUGGCAGCAACUGUUCAGAAUCGUUUUAUCAAAAAGUUACGGCCUGGCAGAGUUCUAUGUGGUGCUUUCACGAGAGAUUACCAUCAUAAUACACUCAACUGUCAGGUACUUAUUACAGAGCCUGCAUGCUUUGAAAUUCUGCUGCUUACUCCUCGUUGCCAAAAAUGGGUGAAAAGGAUCAGAUAUGUUAUAUUUGAUGAGGUUCACUGUCUUGGUGGAGAAAUUGGAGGAAAAUUUUGGGAGCAUCUUCUUGUCAUGAUUCGAUGUCCCUUUUUGGUUCUUUCAGCUACUAUAAGUAACCCUAAGCUUCUCACUGAGUGGCUUCAAUCAGUAAAACAGUACUGGAGACAGGCAGACAAGAUGAUGGAAGAAAAAUUUAUUUCUGAAAUAAAGUCUGACCAAUGUCUCAACUUUCUCAAAGACAACUUGCACAUAGAUCAGUCAUAUGAAGUUAGACUUGUGCUCUAUGGAGAGAGAUACAAUGAUUUAGAGAAGCAUGUAUGUUCAAUAAAAGAUGAUGACAUUUGUUUUGAUCGUUUUCACCCAUGUGCAGCAUUAACAACAGAUCAUAUCGAAAAGUAUGGCUUCUCUUCUGAUCUUACCCUUUCCCCUCAAGAUAGUGUCCAACUUUAUGAUACCAUGGUUCAAGUCUGGGAAACUUGGCCCAGGGCUCAGGAAUUGUGUCCAGAGGAAUUCAUUCUUUUUAAGAAUAAAAUAGUCAUUAAAAAGUUGGAUGCUAGAAAAUAUGAAGAAAACUUAAAGGCAGAACUGACAAAUUGGAUUAAAAAUGGCAAAGUAAAGAAGGCCAAAAGAGUCCUGAAGAAGCUUAGCCCUAAUUUGCUGUCAAGUUCAGAAGAUAUGGUAAAAAUGUUUCCCCUUCUAGUUGAAAAGUUAGGACAAAUGGAUAAGUUACCUGCACUGUUUUUUUGUUUUAAGAGUGGUGAUGUGGAAGAAAGAGCUAGAAGCGUGUGCACUUUUCUGGAGAAGUCAGAGAGAAAAAGCUGUCCCCAAAUUGACCAAUGUUGUAGCAAUGUCCAUGACAUAAAUAAAAAACUUAACGAAGCUGAAAAUAAAAUGAAGAAACUAAAGAAAACCUUUGAAAAAGACAAGGAAAAGGCCAAGAAGUUGGAAAAGAAACUAACAUAUGGAGCUGAAUAUAUUAAUUUCCUGAAUAAUUUGAAGGAGUUUCUGAAAAUCCCUGAGGACUGCUCGUAUGCUGAUGUCAAUGCACUGCACACCGAGACUUUGGAAGUGGUGUUUAAGCGAGUACAGUUAACAAGAAAAGGCGAAGAACUGAAGGCUUUGGCACAAAGGGGUAUUGGAUAUCAUCACGAUUCCAUGUAUUUUAAAGAAAGAGAGUUCGUUGAGAUACUUUUCGUGGAAGGGUUUAUCAGGGUAGUGACGGCUACUGGAACGCUUGCCUUGGGGAUCCACAUGCCGUGUAAAUCUGUUGUGUUUGCUCAAGACUCCGUCCACCUGAAUGCUUUAAAUUAUAGACAGAUGUCUGGACGUGCUGGAAGACGAGGUCAAGACUUGCUGGGAGAUGUAUAUUUCUUUGAUAUUCCAUUGCCCAAAAUAAAAAGACUCAUCACAUCCGGUGUUCCUGAACUGAGAGGACACUUCCCUCUCAGCAUAACCCUGGUCCUGCGACUCAUGCUGCUAGCUUCCAAGGGAGGUGACCCAGAGGAUGCCACGGCAAAGGUGCUGUCAGUGCUAACGCAUUCAUUGCUGUCCUUUAAGCAACCCAGAGCCAUGGAGAUAUUGAAACUUUACUUCUUGUUUUCUUUGCAGUUCCUGGUCAAAGAGGGCUAUUUAGAUCAAGAAGGUAAUCCGAUGAGAUUUGCAGGACUUCUAUCACAUUUGCAUGGUCAUGAACCUUCAAAUUUUGUUUUUGUCCAUUUUCUUAUGAAAGGUCUUUUCCAUAAGCUCUGUCAGCCAAUCAAGAAAGGCUCACAACAAUUUUCUCAGGAUGUGAUGGAAAAGCUCGUGUUAGUGUUGGCAAAUCUGUUUGGAAGAAAAUAUAUUCCAGCAAAAUUCCAAGAGGCUAAUUUAAGUUUUCCUCCACCAGAGGUGAUCCUUGAUGAACUCCCAGAGGAUUUUAAGGCUGCUUUACAUGAGUAUAACUUGAAAGUGAUGGAGGACUUUGCCUCCUUCCUACUGAUUGCUUCCAAGUUGGCGAACAUGAGAAAUGAAUAUCGACUUCCUUUGUCAAGAAUCAAAUUCACAGGUAGAGAAUCUGAAGACUCUCAACUUGUGUCUCAUUUAAUGAACUGCAAGGAAGGAAGAGGAGCCAUUUCACCAUUCGUUUGUCUCUCGGGAAACACAGAUGGUGAUUUGCUUUGACCAGAGACUCUCAACCGUGUCAUUCUGCGGACAGUUGGUAUCAAUGGCACUCAGGCUCCUGUGCUGUGGUCACAGAAAUUAGAUAACCGAGGAAGAAGAAUGCCACUUAAUGCUUAUGCGCUUGAUUUCUAUAAACAUGGUUCCUUGACGAGAUUAGGCCGAGAGAACGGGAUGACUGUGGGACAGAUUUUAAAGCUUUUAAAAGAUUUUGCACUCAACAUUGAGACUAUCAGUGAUUCCUUGAGUGAACUAUGUGAAGAUUAGCAUGACAAUGUGGUCUUAGCAUUUAAACAACUGAGUCAACUCUUCCACGAAAAACUUCGACAAGUCUAAACUGAAAUGUGUCCAAAUCAUUUGGAAUAAUUACAUGGAAAUUUCAAGUCCAAUUUUGUGAUUUUCAUCCCUUUCCUAGAAGGAUAUAUUUGAGCCUAUACAAUGAAAUGGAAAGAGGAUUCAUCAUGGAGUCAUACAGAAUUGAAUUCAAAUAUUAGCUCUGCUAUUGUUUAGUUGGAU